AAAAACAACCCAACGACAGCCAAUCCCGAUCAAUUUUUCAAGCUCUCAGUUGAACUGUGUGUAAUGACACGAGGAGUAGUAGCCCAAAAACUCAUCCAUUCUAAAAGAACAUUUACACGCAAGACGCAAUUGUGCAAUUUGCAGGACAGUGUAAAUAUUGAAUCUAUCUUUUCAUAUCGGGAAACCUUUCAUGCACGUCUGUGCUACUUUACUAAAAGAGUAAUUUAGGCUAAUAUGACAAAAAUCCUGCUAGCUCACAGCGUUGUUAAAUCUCUGAGACAAGGAUGUGUGGUUGGCAGAAGAGUGGGAAACACGUCGGGAUGGCUGAGAUUUCAAACUACGAAACUGUUUAGUUUGAAGGCCCAGACGGCCCACCUGGUCUUGGAGGAUGGUACCAGAAUGAAAGGAUUUUCCUUUGGACAUGAUGCCUCUGUAGCCGGAGAACUCGUCUUCAAUACUGGCCUGGUGGGGUAUCCUGAGGCCCUGACUGAUCCCAGCUACAGAGGUCAGAUCCUUACCCUGACCUACCCUAUUGUGGGAAACUACGGGGUACCCAACAGCCAGGAGCUGGACGAGCUGGGCCUUAGAAAACAUCUGGAGUCAGAGCGUAUCCAGGUAUCUGGUCUUCUUGUUCAAGACUACAGUCAUGAGUACAGCCACUGGAACUCUGUCAAGUCUUUGGGGCAAUGGCUACAAGAAGAGAAGGUUCCUGCACUGUUUGGAAUAGACACCAGAAUGCUGACCAAGAUCAUCAGAGACAAGGGCACAGCUUUGGGGAAGAUUGAAUUUGAUGGGCAGCCUGUUGAGAUAUCUGACCCUAACCAGAGAAACUUGGUAGCAGAGGUCUCAACCAAGGAAACCAAAGUUUUUGGAAAAGGAAACCCAAUAAAAGUGGUGGCGGUUGAUUGUGGUAUUAAGCAUAACAUCAUUCGCCUGCUGGUUAAGAAGGGUGCAGAGGUCCACCUUGUACCGUGGGAUCAGGACUUGCAGAGUCUACACUACGAUGGGCUUUUCAUCUCCAAUGGACCAGGAGAUCCGUCUUUGGCCAAGACACUCAUCAACAAUGUCGGCAAGGUGCUGGAGAGUGAUCAUCCCAAGCCAGUGUUUGGGAUCUGUAUGGGCAACCAGAUCACUGCUCUGGCUGCAGGAGCUCAGUCAUAUAAGCUACCUAUGGGCAACAGAGGCCAGAACCAGCCGGUGCUGAAUGUGAUGACGGGCCAGGCCUUCAUUACGGCGCAGAACCACGGCUACGGCAUAGACAGCCAGUCUUUGCCCCCAGGGUGGAGCCCGCUUUUCAUCAACGCCAAUGAUGGCACAAAUGAGGGCAUCAUGCACAACACAAAGCCUGUAUUUACGGCCCAGUUUCACCCGGAGGCUAAAGGCGGUCCCACCGACACAGAGUUUCUCUUUGAUGCCUUUAUGUCCCUGAUCAAGAAAGGAAAAGAUGCCAAUAUAGUUUCAGUGAUGCCUAAGAAACCACAGAUUCCUCCCAGAGCCCAGGUGUCGAAGGUGCUCAUACUGGGUUCUGGUGGUCUGUCUAUUGGUCAGGCUGGAGAGUUUGACUACUCUGGAUCACAGGCCAUCAAGGCCAUGAAGGAGGAAAACCUGAAGACGGUGCUCAUGAACCCAAAUAUAGCCUCUGUUCAGACCAAUGAAGUGGGAACCAAGCAGGCCGAUUCGGUCUACUUCCUGCCUGUCACGCCACAAUUUGUAACUGAAGUCAUCAAGACCGAGCGUCCAGAUGGCAUCCUGCUCUCCAUGGGCGGACAGACUGCACUCAACUGCGGAGUUGAAUUAUUCCAGAGUGGUGUCCUGGAGCAGUAUGGAGUGAAGGUCCUGGGAACCCCAGUUGAAUCCAUCAUGGCCACAGAGGACAGACAGCUUUUUGCUGACAAACUGAAUGAGAUCAAUGAGAAGAUUGCACCCAGUUUCGCUGUGAAGUCGGUAUCUGAUGCCUUGAAAGCGGCAGAGCAGAUUGGCUACCCUGUGAUGUUGCGAUCUGCCUAUGCCCUUGGAGGACUGGGGUCUGGUCUGUGUGCCAACAAAGAAAAGCUGGAGGAAACUGCACACAAGGCUCUGGCUAUGAGCAGUCAGAUUCUGGUGGAAAAGUCUUUGAUGGGCUGGAAGGAGGUGGAAUAUGAGGUGGUAAGAGACGUGGCUGACAACUGCGUCACCGUCUGCAACAUGGAGAACUUCGACCCACUUGGCAUUCACACAGGUGACUCCAUAGUGGUGGCACCAAGCCAGACAUUGUCCAACGAGGAGUACCACAUGCUCCGUGAGACGGCCAUCAAAGUGGUUCGUCACCUUGGCAUUAUAGGCGAAUGCAACAUCCAGUAUGCCCUACACCCGUCAUCCCUGGAGUACUGCAUCAUUGAGGUUAACGCCCGGCUCUCCAGAAGCUCCGCUCUGGCAUCCAAAGCCACUGGGUAUCCAUUGGCUUUUGUUGCUGCUAAGCUGGCUUUGGGUAUCCCACUACCAGAGAUCAAGAACGCUGUAUCGGAGAAGACCACAGCCUGCUUUGAACCCAGUCUAGACUACAUAGUCACUAAGAUCCCCCGCUGGGACCUGGACCGCUUUCAGGGCAUGUCCCAUGAAAUAGGCAGUGCCAUGAAGAGUGUCGGAGAGGUGAUGGCAGUUGGCCGGACCUUUGAAGAGAGUGUGCAGAAGGCCCUGAGGAUGUGUCAUCCAUCAGUGGAUGGCUUCGUGCCCCGUCUGCCACUCAAGAAAGCCUGGGCCGACACCCAGGACCUGGAGCAGGAGCUGGCUGUGCCCUCCAUUACCCGCAUAUUCUCCCUAGCCAAGGCCCUCCACAGUGGUAUGAGUGUUGAUCAGAUCCACCAGCUCACGUUCAUAGACAAGUGGUUCCUCCACAAACUCAACAGGAUAACACAGCUGGAGCAGCACCUGGCAAACUACAACAGUGGCACAAUACCGAAGGGGCUGCUGCUGAAGGCCAAGCAGGACGGCUUCUCAGACCGGCAGGUUGGUCAGAUACUGGGCUCCAGUGAGCGAGCAGCCAGAGAGCUGAGGCUCACUCACGGCAUCAAACCCUGGGUCAAACAGAUUGACACCUUGGCAGCAGAGUAUCCAGCCAUGACCAACUACCUGUAUUGUACCUAUCAUGGCCAGGAGAAUGAUCUGGACUUUGAAGACCAGGGAAUUAUGGUUCUUGGUUGUGGGCCCUACCACAUUGGGAGCAGUGUUGAGUUUGACUGGUGUGCAGUGUCCAGCAUCAGAGCUUUGAGACAGAUGGGCAAGAAGACCGUGGUGGUCAACCACAACCCUGAGACCGUCAGCACUGACUUUGACGAGUGUGACCGCCUUUACUUUGAGGAGUUGACCCUGGAGCGCAUCUUGGACAUCACCCAACAGGAGGGUUGCUCUGGCAGCAUUGUGUCAGUCGGAGGCCAGAUCCCCAACAACCUGGCUGUCCCGUUGCACCUCAGUGGGGUGAAGAUUCUGGGGACGAGCCCCCUGCAGAUUGACCGUGCUGAGGAACGCUCAGUCUUCUCCAGUAUACUAGAUGACCUCAAGGUGGCCCAAGCCCCAUGGAGGGCCCUCAGUUCCCUGGAAGACGCCUUUGCCUUCGCCAACCAAGUGGGCUAUCCCUGUCUGCUGCGCCCCUCCUAUGUUCUCAGCGGCUCUGCGAUGAACGUUGUGUACGGAGAAGAGGAGAUGAAACGCUUCUUGGGGGAGGCAACUCAGGUGUCCCAGGAGCAUCCAGUGGUCAUCACCAAGUUCAUUAGUGGUGCCAGGGAGGUAGAGGUGGAUGCUGUGGCAAAAGGUGGCAAGGUGCUGGCCCAUGCCAUAACGGAGCAUGUGGAAGAUGCGGGGGUACACUCAGGAGAUGCCACUCUAAUGCUACCAACCCAGACUAUUAGCCAGGGGGCACUGGAAAAGGUUAAGAUUUCCACCCGGAAAAUUGCGAAAGCAUUUGAAAUUUCGGGGCCCUUUAACACUCAAUUUCUGGUUAAAGGCAAUGAUGUUAUGGUGAUUGAGUGUAAUCUGCGGGCAUCACGCUCCUUCCCUUUUGUAUCAAAAACAAUCGGUGUGGACUUUAUCAACGUGGCAACUAAAGUAAUGGUGGGAGAGCCUUUGGAUGAGGCCAGCCUGCCCUCGCUGGAGAGCCCCAUCAUCCCUGUAGACUACGUAGGCAUCAAGGCACCCAUGUUCUCCUGGCCACGGCUAAGGGAUGCAGACCCUGUGCUUCGCUGUGAGAUGGCCUCCACUGGAGAAGUAGCUUGUUUUGGACCAAACAUUUAUUCAGCAUUCCUGAAGGCUAUGCUCUCCACAGGCUUUAAGCUACCGCAGAAGGGCAUCCUGAUUGGGAUUCAGCAUUCGUUCCGACCCAAUUUCCUGGCUACAGCCCAUCAGCUGAAAGAAGAAGGAUUCAAGCUCUAUGCUACUGAAGCCACUUCAGCUUGGCUGUGGGCUAAUGAUGUGCCUGCUACUCCAGUUGCCUGGCCCUCUGAUAAGGGAGGAGACACCAGUUUGCCUAGUAUUAAGAGACUCAUCAGCGAGGGUCACAUUGACCUGGUGGUCAACCUGCCCAAUAACAACACUCGCCACCUGAAGGAUAACUUCCUCAUCCGUAGAACGGCUGUCGACCACGGUGUUCCCCUCAUCACUAAUCAUCAGGUGGUGAAGCUGUUUGCAGAGGCUAUUCACCAUGCAGGUGACCUUGACACUACCAGCCUCUUCCACUACCGGCAGAAAGAAAAGCAACGAGUGGCUGACCCGCAGGGCUAAUGGAAGCUUCCUUCCAUUCCCUUUGGUUCCCUUUGUAAAACAGCAGCAUUAAUUGUGAGGAAAUGUUCAUAAUACGGUUUUCAAAAAUUCCUUCUGUUUUACCAUCCCGUGGUGUCAAGAUGUAGAGUUAUUUUAGUGCUAUGAAUUUCAAUCUGUCAGGAGUUUUCUAGCAAAACACAAUAAUUAAACAAUGUUGAUGCAUCAUAACAAUUUGGUACCACUGUUUAAUAAGGGGUUUAUAAGUUGUAACUAAUGGUUCUCUAGUUAAAUCUCUGGUUGGUGUUUAUCCUCCAGCAUGCUUGUAAAUGUUAAUAAGAAUGGGGUCUUAUAGUAAUUCAAGUCUGGCAUUGUAAAUAUUAGUAAGCUGUGAAUAAAAUGGAUCGUGGACCAGA